AUGCAGCCGGUGCGAUAUUGCCGCAAAGUUUCUGUCACUGGCGAGGGAGAGAUCAAGGACCUCGAGGCUGCAUCCGUCGAUGAACAUAAACCAAGCGCCAGCGGUAGCGCCCGAGGUCUAGAUGUAUAUGCUCCACUCAACUCUAUUCUUAGGGAAGAGACAAGCGAUUGUUGGCCUGCCGCGACUGAGCUUGAUCUUUCAGUGCGGCUCGACUCACACCUCAGUUUUUCGCCCAUAGCUGACACUUUCCGGUCUGCCUAUGAGUGUCCUCGUGCACCCUCUAUCGCCGGCUCGUGUCUUGUCUGCACGCUCUUCGACGCUCUCAAUUCUGGCGACAACGAAGCGCGUAUCGCUACUGCUAAGGCGAUGCUGACGGGCGACGUCUGGGACGAUCUGGAGGCUGACAUCUGCGCGGACACAGAGUCUGUAUUCUCGAUGGACUCUCCGUCGGUAUGGCUGUCCAAUGCUCCCUCGGUGUACUCCACGGGGAGCACGAAGACGGGAGUGCCGUACCACGGUCUCCUGCUCUCGUUGCCUCCGCCAUCUCACCUGCGUGUUCCGCAUGUCGUGGUCAAGGCUGUGGAGCCCGAGCCUGUGUUCAGCUCAGGCGUUUCGGCCUCGUACUAUGGGUCUGUCAACGACUUUGGUGCUGUUGGACUGACAUUCUAG